AUGGAUCUUUCUUGCAAUAAUUUGUCAGGUACAAUACCGGUGGCUUUCAAAAAGAUGAAAAUGCUCCAACACCUCAAUCUCUCUUCAAACAGCUUAACUGGAGAGGUCGCAAAGGGAGGAGCUUUUGCAACACUUGAUGCCUCAGAAGUUAUGAAAAAUCUUGGCCUCUGUGGUGGAUGGAUAAACUUGCCACCAUGCUCUCAUUCCAAUCACAAACACCCACCAGUCUCCAAAAAUGUAAUAAUUCCUGUUGUAGUCGGCAUUGCAAUAUUGAUCAUGUCUCUUCUAUUGGUAGUAUAUUCCUAUAGAUCAUGCAAACAUUCUACUGCCCCUGCUCUCAAAGUAUGGCCUCAAAAAAUUUCAUAUGAAGAACUUGCAAAUGCAACUGGUGGGUUCAAUGUUGAAAAUCUUUCAGGAAUGGGUAGUUUUGGGUCGGUUUAUAAAGGGAUUCUACAGAAUGGUACAAAUAUUGCUGUUAAAGUUCUCAAGUUGCAAGAUGAACAUGCUCAGCAAAGUUUCAGUAGAGAAUGCAAUGCAUUAGAGAGAGUUCGACAUCGAAAUGUAAUUAAAAUCAUUUCAGCAUGCUCCAACCUUGAUUUUAAGGCCUUAAUUCUUCCAUUCAUGUCAAAUGGAAGUUUAGAGAAAUGGCUAUACCCUCCUGAAGGGGGUGGAUGCAGAUUAAAUUUGAGUGAUCGAAUAAGGAUAGCAAUGGAGAUAGCACAAGGAAUGGCAUACCUUCACCAUUAA